AUGACAAAGCUCAAGAACCCCCUUCUGCCGCUCUAUGUGCUGUUUAGGCACAAUCCCAAUGACCAGAGAAUUUCGGGGGUUGGGUGGAUGGAUACUGAUGCGAAGAAUCACUUUGUUGCGUCUUUAGCCGAAUUUGUUGGAACUGUUUUGUUUUUGUUCUUCGCAUUCGGAGGAACCCAAGUUGCAAGCACAACUGAUGUCCAACAUGGAACAACAAGUACCAUCAUGACCGCCUCUGAUACUAGUAUCCUUUUGUAUAUUGCUCUUAGUUUUGGCUUCAGUUUGGCGGUUAAUGCCUGGAUAUUCUUUCGGGUCAGCGGAGGCUUGUUCAACCCUGCUGUCACGCUAGCAUUGGUCUUGGUGGGAACGAUGUCGUUGCGCAGGGGAAUCUAUAUAUGCAUAUCCCAAAUCGCUGGGGCUAUUGCUGCCUCAGCAAUCAUAAGCGCCUUACUCCCAGGACGCCUGUCAGUUGAGACUUCACUCACUGGUACGAGCGUUGUAAGAGGGUUGUUCAUUGAGAUGUUUUGUACCUGUCUGUUGGUUUUUACAAUAUUGAUGUUGGCUGUUGAGAAACACCGAGCAACAUUUAUUGCACCAAUCGGUAUCGGAUUGGCGCUUUUUAUCUCAGAGAUGGUUGCUGUAUUCUAUACCGGUGGCGCUAUCAACCCCGCCCGUGCCUUUGGACCCGCAGUUGUAGUGGGAAGUUUUCCCGGCUACCAUUGGAUCUACUGGGUCGGACCCGGUCUAGGUGCAAUGUUGGCUUCUUCCUUCUACAAGCUAAUCAAGAUCCUCGAAUACGAGUCCGCAAACCCAGAUCAAGACGCAAUGGAGCGGAAAAAAGACGAGCAUGAAGCUAAGACUGGCCACAGGCCUAGCAAUGCAAGUACGUUAUCACCAACUUUGAAUGCUGAAGGUACUGGUGGUGGAGCGGGGGGUGGGGAGGGUGCAGGGUUUGCUUAG